GUUGGUUUUGAUAAAAAAAAAUACCACGAAAAUGUCUGCUAAAUCAUUCAGCAACACUAGAAGUCCCAGCGUCUGCAUGCAUCCCUCCCUUGGAAUAAUUAAUUAAUAUUCUGGGUUGAAACAUUUGUUUCGCUACACCGCCACCUUGAUGUUGUUGUCCUGACGCGAGUGUAAUAGAAAUCCAGAGACAAACGCUGAUUAACACCACAAUUCCUGAAUUCGUGAACUUGAACAUUUUACAAAUAGUCACAUCCACCACCAAGCAUAAAAUGAAUAGCGAGACUGAAAAAACGGACGCAGUAAAUAGAGGAAAUACGGAAGAUAUGACGGUAAUGCCGUCGCAAAUACCCGCCGUGUGUCAGAAAUGUGAAGCUACUCCGCAGCAGGACAACCGUGUUCACAUUGGACCCAAAAUUGAAAUGCGUGUGUUGAUGCUGGGCCUUGAUGGAGCUGGCAAGACAUGCAUUCUUUUCAAACUAAAAAAAAAUGAGUUUGUCAAAACCAUUCCAACUGUAGGAUUUCGUGUGGAAACAGUAGAAUACAAAAAUGCAAAGUUCUCAAUCUGGGAUAUAGGAGGACAGCAUUUGGUUCGCCACUUCUGGAAACACUAUUACCUCAAUACUCAAGCUUUGAUAUUCGUGCUGGACUGCAGCAACCGAGAACGACUAACAGAGGCUCAGAAUGAGCUGGUCAAGAUGGUACAGGAGAAAGAGUUAAAGGAGGUAUCACUCCUAAUCUUUGCAAACAAACAGGAUGUGGAGGACCAUGCUAGCAUUGAAGAAAUAACACAGCAGAUGGGACUGCUCAAGAUGUGCUGCAAUCGCAGCUGGCAUCUGCAAGGGUGCAGCGCCAAAUCUGGAGAGGGACUGGCAGAUGGCCUGGAGUGGUUGUCCCGACAGAUGGUGGCUGCUGGAGCACCAGAACUAGCCUAGCAACUAACAUCAUACUUCUGAACAAACACACAAGCAAAACAAACACACAACAAGAAAGGUUUAUCAGUGAUACAGCUACCCAUCAAGUUUAGCAAGGCCUUCUCUUAUUUUAUCGUCUUGUUUUGAGCUUUCCGUAAGGUAAAGGUAGAUAGCCCCAUAACAUGUCAGUCACUGAGGAGUUAAAUGUUAGAUCCCUCAUGUCCCAGGGCAGUAUUUUUGUGAGGGUAGUGCCCAUCUCCUAUUCAUCCCUAGCAUUCCUUCCCCACUCCUCUGUAGGAUCAAGUACCUAUUCAACGGCUAGAUCAGCUGGAGUAUUAUACUCCAAGGGUACCUAACCAGGUAAUGUGCACUUAAUGUAACGCUGCUCUGACCAUUCAGCUUGCUGCUUUCUCUUUUUGUAGUAGUGUCUGGCAUGACUAUUGAGGUUCUUAAAAGCACUGUACAAGUGUUUUAAAAGACAAUACAUACAUACAUAUGGAUAAAUAAAUCCACAUGAACACAGACAUGCAUUUACACACUCUGUGAACUGUAGUGCCAUCUUGCAUUACCUUUCGCAGUUUUAAAAACUAUAUCCUAUAGUGGCCACUGUGCUGAUUGAUACAAGAUUAUUAAUGCCUAUAAUGAAUACUUACAAUAGUAGAACAUAGCUGAGGUAAAGACAGCUCUUUCAGAAUGUUACUACUAUUUGUGUCCUUGUACUCAGAUUGUAACUUAUAACUGGCAACAGAGGCAACUGUUGUGUUUACAUGUGUAUGUGGGAGAGAGAGAGAAGCGGGAGUAGGAUUGAUGGUGAAUGAUAAUGCAAGUGUGCAUGCUCUAACAUAAAGGGAGAACUAUGCUGAAAGUUUUUCCUCAAAUACUCAAUUUAUUUAUAUUGUAAUUAUUAACUCAAUGUGAAUGAAUUGAGCUAUAGCUAUGAAUUAAGACUUUCACAUCUGUGGGUGCAAACUGUAUAGGAAGAGCAAAUAAUAACAGUAGCAUAUUAACUGUACAUACUGAUAGAAGCUGACUACAGCACAAAUGACUUAGUAAAUUAUUUGUCCCAUUUUUACUAAAGUGUGCACUAAAACAGUGUUGUAUUGUCUUGGUCAUAAUGUAAGUGGCAAAAGGUUUGCUAAGUGCAACAAAGUUUUUUUCUCUUAAAAACUUUUGUGAUAAUGCAUUCUUUGAUAUUACAUUGAGCUUGAACUCCUAGUGUUGGUGGUUGCUUAUGUAUUUGGAAAUUCAGUUCCUUAUAAAAUAUUGUUUAUAAAGGGUUGUUUAAACAGGGUUUUUAAUUGAAGUUGUGAGCAUCACCAGUUGGGGUUGUCUGCAGCUUUGGAGGCAUGACAUUAAAGGUUGCCUUUGUAAAUACGAGCUCCAUGGUUACCUGAGAAGAUUUUACUUUACUUUAGUAAUUGUAAUUAUAAAUCUGUGAUGUACUUUGUUGUUGGGGAUAACAAAAUGUGUAUUGUUGUUGCAGUCUCACAUCACCAAAAUAUUCGUUUUUCAGUUAUUUAGUAAAUUUACAGUUCUCUGGCAUCUUUCAAUAAAAAAUAAAAAUGCAAAAUUUU